CCAAGAAAAAAGAGCAACCUUACAUCCCCUUUUAUGGGCUCUAUAAAUUCUCCCAAGUUUUGAUUCCUUUCUCUCCUCAACACACUCUCUCUCUCUCUCAAAUACCCUUACCAAACAUUGACUCUUGACUCUUGAGGGCCUCAAAGUUGAAACCUUUUCAAACCCAACUUAUUCCAAGCUCCGUUAAUGGCGAUCUUGGCUAUACUUGCAGCUGUUCUAGCUCUUUCAUCAUGGCCUUUGGUACCAACAAAUGCAAACGUAGAAGGAGAUGCUCUCUACGCGUUGAGAAGGGCUGUGAAAGACCCAAAUAAUGUCUUAGAGAGUUGGGAUCCGACCUUGGUGGAUCCCUGUACUUGGUUCCAUGUCACUUGUGAUAAUGAUGGCCGGGUUACACGACUAGACCUUGGAAAUGCAAAUAUAUCUGGUAGUCUGGUGGGAGAGUUGGGUAAGCUCGAGCGUCUUCAGUAUCUGGAAUUGUACAUGAAUGCCCUGAUGGGUCCUAUUCCAAAGGAACUUGGAGGAUUGAAGAGCCUUGUUAGCUUGGAUCUUUACCACAACAACCUUUCUGGCUCUAUCCCAUCCUCCCUUUCCAACCUCUCAAAUCUCAAAUUUUUGCGAUUGAAUGGGAACAGAUUGAGUGGAAAGAUUCCCAGACAACUUACUAAGCUUGGAAACCUUAAGAUCCUUGACGUGUCAAAUAAUGAUUUGUGUGGUACAUUUCCAACCCAGGGCUCGUUCGCCAAGUUCUCAGAGGAAAGUUUCAAAAAUAAUCCAAGACUCGAAGGACCGGAGCUGAUGGGUUUUGUGAGAUAUGACAUUGGAGGAAGCUGUAAUUGAUGUGUAAAUGUAACAAAAGCAGCAACAAAUUGUUGCUAUGCUAAUUAUUGCAUCCUUCUAAAACUAAAAGUUACUUUUUGAAGCAAGGCUUUAUGUUUUUACUCUCAUAUAUAAAGUAAAAAAAAAAAAGUUACCAGGCAAAUCAAGACAAUUAUCCUAUCCCAAAAAGAAAAAAAAAAUGAAAACAGCCAACUAGGUAAUUAAGUAAGAAAAGUGAUGAUUGUGGAGGUCUCUCAUUGUUUGAGUUGAGAUUAAAUGUCAAUCACUUUUGAUAGUGAAAGUGGGUGUGCUACUUUAA